GGUGACAUCCGCUUUUGCUGCCUCUCUACUCCCCCACUCUUCCUCAGAACCUCUCUGGACCAAAUCCCUUCCAGCCCCCAACCCACCAUGCUCCCUCCAGGCAACAUCCUGCUCCUGCUUUUGCUCCCAGUGGCUGCAGCUCAGGUAACUCCAGGUUCCUAUUCCGGAUGUGGGCCCCUCCCUCUGCCACUUCUGGCAGGCCUUGUGGCUGCUGAUGCUGUGGUGUCUCUGCUGAUCGUGGUGGUGGUGUUUAUGUGUGUCAGCCCACGUGGCAGGCCCACCCAAGAAGAUGGCAAGGUCUACAUCAACAUGCCUGGCAGGGGCUGACCCCCUGUAACUGGGACCUCUGACUUCUGACCCUCUCAUCCUGGAUUGUGCGUGGUGGCACAGGAAACCUAUUCAAUAAAGCGACUGAAAUACC